AUGGCCGGCAUACGUACUCUCGAGGCGAAGGCCCAUGCUAAAGAUGAGGCGCACAGAAAAAAGCUCCAAGAAGAGGUCGAGCGACGCAAAGCCCAGGAGCAGGACAAAAGUCGAGGCGAAAACGUGUGGUUCUCUCGUCGGAUCAAAGAUGGUCACUUAUAUCACUGGGCGCUAUUUGUCUACGGCAAGAAAUACGAACUAAGGCUUCCGUCACGGCAGAAUUUCAAGAGCCUACCAAAUGGACAUCUUGUCGGGUCUAUAAUCCCUUCGAUCAAUUAUGAGAGCAAUAUUGCGCCGUGGUCGAUGCAAGACGAGAUGAUGCGGCUUCGACAGGAAAGUCUUGACAACGAGGGCAAGCCGUAUGCUCAGGACUACUAUAUCUGUCAGAUUGGCUGGACCAAGUUGGCAGAGAAGGAAGUUGAUGAUCAUUGCGAGGCUGCUCAGAAAUCCUUUGGUGUAUAUGUCCUCGGUUUCAACGACUGUCAGAGUUUCCUGCGGCGAUUUGCAAAGCUUAUUAUUCAACAGCCAGAGGACUGCGCUCUUGAUUUCCCUUGGUUCGAGAAGAAUGUACAGACUCCCUAUCACCAACUGCAGCUUGUUGCUGCGGAUGAGAACAUCAAAAGGUUCCAGCUUUACAUGCAAAUAGCCGUAUAUGGGGCUGCGGGUGCGACAGUCGGGGCCGCCGUGGAGACGUAUGACCACCAAUAUCAAACGCAAGAGCCAAUGACCAGGACAAACAAAAAAGAGGGCGAGAACUCAAAGUCGAAUAAUAAGGAUGACGGAUGCUGUGACUGUGAUGGUGGUUGCUGCUAG